UUUGAUGUAAUAGUUAUGCUAAUUUUUUUUAAUUGCUGGCAAAUGCUCAACCACCCACUGAAAAUUGGUCAAAUAGUUUUUUUCUCAUAUCCUUAGCGAUUGCUAGACGAACUUAUUCUGCCCUCCACUGAGUGUAUGACGGGCCAACCAACAAUCUAACCUUGUAACUAGUGAAUGCUGGGUAAAUUUUCCUAAUGUAGUGUUAGUGCGAGAAUUUCGUAGGGGUAAUUUUGAAGGAGACCCACAUUUUUGAGAGAGAAAAAUUUAAUACCUAAAUACAUUUUUUGAUUCCUAACAUAUGUUUCAAUUAUUGCCUAAGAUGUCAUUGUGGAACUUAAAGUAUUUUACCGUUUUAACGAGUGGUUAGGUCUUCUACUACUUUUCCACAAAUAUACAUUUUUUUUUUUUUAAAUUCCAGAAUGCAUUUGAUUUUUUGCUAACAUUUCCUAAUCAUUGUGUAAAAGCACAUUGCAUUUGAACAAAGUGCCCCCCAUAAUAAUAACCAUUUUAAGUAGAAGUUAGGUUAAGGAAGCUACAUUCAAAAAAUUAUAUUUUCUUGGGUAAAUCUGUAUUGUACGGAUUAGCACCAAAAAAAAUCGUACAAAUAUGAAAUAACUUUCAUUAUAUGCUAUCUUACGUCCUCUUUUCAGAACCGCCUGCGGAGAUAAAAAAUUCCAAUUACUUUUGGAGAUAUCGAAUUUUUUAAUAUUCAUUUUUUGGCGAUUUUUUUUUAAAAAAAAUUUAAAAAUCCGAAAAUACCUUUAUUCUGUGCUCUUUAACUUCCUCUUUUCAUUAAACCCGGCGGAGAUCAGAAAUUCCAAAUACUUUAGGAGAUAUUGAAUUUUUUAAUUUCCUUUUGUGCACUGCUGCGGCGUUGAGAGGGAAGCCUACGAUUCACACAUCUUUCUGGACAUACCCGAAUACUCACGUUGGCAAGCCUUCUUUUCUUAAAAUUAGCAAGAAGUAAUUAAAAAUACUUUAAAACAUUGUAUAUGGUUGGUUAUAUUAGGUAAGUAUAGCUACAUUAAAAAAACUGUAAAAUCAUUUUAUGGUUGCUUAGCAAAUAACAUUUUAAUAUGUAGCUAUCCAGCACUAGGAAACAGUUUACAUGAUUUCACAGUAUUUUUAAUGUAGCUAUCCUAACCAAAUCAACCAUCCACAAUGUUUUGAAGUAUUUAUAAUGUAGCUAACAACCUAAUUGACCAUUAGUUUUCAUGAGUUGCAUAUUUAUUUACAAUAAACGAAAAAAAAAAAAACCGAAGAUGCACGAUCGGGCGUUUGCCUCUCGUCUGUUGAAAGGCUUGCCAACGUGAGUAUUCGGGUAUGUCCAGAAGGAUGAGUGAAUCGUAGGCUUCCCGCGUUUCACCAUUGUUGCUUGUUUACAAGAAUGAUUUUUUUUUUUUUUUUCGCGACGUAGUUGAACGACUACAUCACGUAAAAAGAAAAUUACGUGAGUUCCUACUGUUCAUCCUUUUUCCCGGUUUGUUAGGUCAGGUCAGCUACAUUAUAAAUACUUUAUAACUAAACAACCAUUAAAAUUAAUUUUUAUUAUUUUUAAUGACCGUUCAGUUUCAAAGUAUUUAUACUGUAGCUGACCUGACCUAAUCUACCUUUGUCCCGUUUUGUUAGGUCAGGUCAGUUACAUUAUAAAUACUUAAAACUAUACAAGUAAAAUUGAUUGAUAUUAUUAUUAAUUUCCGUUUAUUUUGAAGUAUUUAUCAUGUAACUAACCUUACAUAAUGGAAAAAUUCUGUUAUUUAGGCAUUCACGCACACACGGCAAAAUAUAAAAUGGCGUCUGUUGAAUGAUUACAUAGGGCUUGUAUUGCAAAAUAAGAACGGCGAUAUCUCCAAAAGUAAUUGGAAUUUUUAAUCUCCGCAGGCAGUUUUGAAAAUAGGACGUAAAAGAGCAUAUAAUGAAAGUUAUUUCAUAUUUGUACGAUUUUUUUUGGCGCUAAUCCGUACAAUACAGAUUUACCUUUUCUUGUUAAUGAUUGCUGUAAAAUUAGUAUAAACUUUACUUGCAAUGGGUAAAAGUUUUGUAUCUCAUACUCAAGUUAAUCCCUUGAUCCUGUGGUACAUGAUGCUUGCUGUUUUAAUUUAGUACGCCAAAAGAUCCUGCACAUAACAAAAACUUAUCUAACAAAUUAUGAUCUUUAGUUGAAUAAAAAGGAAAAUCUAUUUUAUAUUCAACUUAAGAUCAUUAUUCAUUGUUAUACCACAGGUGUUUUGUCGGGUCAGGAUCUUUUAGAUGUACUAUAUUAAAACAAGCAUAAUUUACCACAAGUUCAAUGCAUACAGGAUCAUGCCAUCGGGAUCAAGAGAUUAACUUGGAUACUUUAUACGAUACUUUCACCUUUGCUAUGCUAAUAUUUUGACGUAAAUUUAUGUUGUGCUUAAAUAGCGCAGCAAGACUGUUUUUCACGAGACAUUUCCAUGAUUGUUGUCUCGCCGCCCUGCUGAUUUCUUAAUAUUAGCUGCAACUUAAUCUUAUGGUUCUCCAGAGUUCCUUAGGAAUAUAGCAUAGCCAAGACUGUUUUCUACCAUAAUUAGUUUUCCAUUUCAAGUAACUACUGAAGAAUGUUGAAAAAUAUUCACUUGAAAUUGAAAUCAAUUUAGGGUAGAAAACAGCCUUGGUCCCGAGCAUAAUGUACUAAAAUUAAAGGUUGUCGUUUUGAAAACAGUUUUGGCAACGCUAUGUUCCUGAGAAUCUCUGGAGAAUCACUUGAUCAAGUUGCAGCUAGUAUCAGGAAAAAAUUGGAGCUGCGACAACAGAACCAGGGAAAUCUCUCGUGGAAAAUUGUCUCUGCUAUGCUAUUGAAGCACUAAACAAAUUUAUGUCACUCAUUUUUAAUGGCUUUUACAUGUGAAGUUUUUGAAAUAUGGGAAUGCGCUUCCACAUAAUCAUUAUAAAUAAAACAAGGAACUCAGUAAAUUCUUUCCAACCAACCAUUGGCACAAUAUCACAGUAUUUGUUAUGUAACAUACCUACCUAGCCACUUUUUAAAAUGGUAAACUAAUUAGAGUAUCACAAUGCCCUCUCAAGAAGUUAUUCAAAAUCAAUUUUGGAUUAUUUUUUUCCUCCAGUAAAGAAGUACCCACUGCCAACCAUACUAAAGUAGUAGCCGAGUCCAAAAAUGAGUACCCAUGUUAACUUACUGUAGUUGAGUAAAUUAAAGGGGACUGAUAUUGCUAAGUUUUGAUCAAUUAUCUAGGUUUGAUACCAGACAAUUUCAAAACAUAGAGCAAGUUGGUGCACUGUGCUCACAUUCCAGAUGACCCGGGUUUUAAUAUCAGUCUGGCCAUCUCUAUUUCUGUUUUCCAUGAUUUUCCGAAAUCACUUAAUGCUGUGAUUACUUUAGACCAAGGCCUAUUCCUUUCCCAAUUUCUUGAUGUGGUGUACUGUGUGAUACCAUCUCUAGACUAAUGACCUGACUGUCUGCGAGAAGUUAAGUUCUAUAAAAUAAACAGUCUCAUAUUCAGAGUUUUUGCAAGUGGGAAAUAUAGCAAUCUUUUUUUUUGUCUGUGUCUCACUGUCUGGAUCACUGGAGACAAUGAGGUGUGAGUGGAGGUAAUGGUAGUACCCCGAGUAAAAUCUGACGGCUCAAUGAAACUUCCACUUUGGAAAUUGAACCUGUAUCGCCGUAAGUGGAGAAGAAGUAAUACGCCAUGAAACUGGGCCGGUGGUGGUCAUGAACUGCGCCACCCGCCACAGUGGUCGCAAGUGUUUCCUAGUGGCUGGCCAGGAGAGCCACUGCCAGUUCUACCACGUCAACAUUAGCGUGGUGGACGUCCGUGAGAACGGCAGCUCAGCGGGGAAGAAAGAAGAUCAUUCCAACAAGCCUCGAAGGAGAAGGAAGUCUGGUAGUGAAGAAAAAUCUCCUGAUCCAGAUGUCAAGACUGAAAAUGUUGAUAGCAAUGGAAACUCUUAUCGGAAACUUCAGUUUGUAAUCAAGCCAAAUGAUAGUGUGCAGACAGAUUUCAGCGAGAAGGAGCCAGUCCAGCGAGUGGUGCGGAUUGGUCGCUCAGGGAAGCUGAUGGCGACGGCGGGCACUGACGGCUACGUGCGACUGUGGAGCUUCCCGGCCAUGGAGAAGAAGCUGGACAUCCAGGCUCACAGCAAAGAAGUGGACGACGUCGAUUUCAGUCCGGACGAGAAGUGGGUUGCAAGCAUAUCAAAAGAUAGUACCUGUGUUCUUUGGGAUACAGAGUCGGGGAAAAAAGUUGGUGAGCUAAAAUGGCCAGCUGCCGGAGAAGCGAAGUAUUUAUUCAAAAGAUGCAGGUUCAGCACGGUGGAAGAGAACCCGGGGGCCAGCCGACUGUUCAGCAUCGCCAACCCGGUGGGGCGGCCGGGCAGGCACAAGUCGUACCUGCAGCUGUGGGACCCCAGCCAGGGGGAGCUGCGCAGGGACGCGCCCUUCACCGAGAGCCUGUCGGCCCUGGCGGUCAGUGACAGCGGGAGGUUCGUGGCGGUGGGGACCAUGUUCAGCGGCAGCGUCUCCAUGCACGUCUCCUUCAGCCUGCAGAGAGUGCUGUGGGUGAAGGGAGCCCACAGCAUGUUCGUGACGGGCCUGGAGUUCCUGCCGCAGGCUCUGGACGGCCCGCCGGUCACCAGCACCGCGGAGGCGGCCGUCCUCAGCAUCUCGGUGGACAACAGGGUCUGCAUACACAGCCUCGCCCACAGGAGGUCUAUGCCGUUUUGGUUGGCGAUCCUGCUCAUCGUUGUCACAAUGUUCAGUGCAUUUGUGUUCUGCAGCUACGUGGGCUUGUGACGGGGCAGAGGUGUACUAGUACGUCCGUCUUGUGUCCGUAAUGUUGUUCCCGACACCGUGAUGUUUCUCGUCGACGAGGCAACGUGAGGGAUGAUUCACCAGGGCUGUUAGUCCCUUUUUGGACACUCAGAUUUGAAGCUGGUGUUUCGAGUUUUGCACGUAGUAGGUUUUGUAAUUAUUUGUGGCAUACUGGUAUUUUACAUGAAAAAAAUAAUAAAUGGCUCAUUUCUUUUCUAUUCAAAAAUCACUAUUUUUAUUUAGCCACAGGGUUAUUUUUUAUUUUAAAUAAAAAAAGGUUCCUGGAGGUAAAAACCACCUAUAUUAAUAUUUUUUCUGCAACACGUAAGAGAUAGGUUUACCACCACUGCCUAUUGUCUUGGUUAUUGAUAAUUGUGCACUUAAACAUAUGUUAUGACACACAUUUUUAAGAAGUUUCCACUUAAGAUUGUUUCCUGCAUUAUAAUUAUAAAAAAUUAUGCACUUUGCUUGUUAAUUUAAUGUAACUGAACUCUUUUAAGAAGUUUUUCUUGUUUAAUUAGCUGAAUGUAAGAAAAUUCCUUACAGAUUUUUACAGUAGAACCCUGUUAUAAUGUUUUUCAAGGGAGCACAAGAAAAAAACAUUAUAAGCAGGAAAACGUUAUAAGCAGGAAAUCUCAAUUUAGCUCUUAACAAUGUUCGAGCUUUGUACCAAUGGACUCACCAAGCUAUGUAAACAACUUUAAUGUUAAAACCAAAGAUAGUAUUCUUGAUACAUGAAUUUUCUGAAACAAGCCAACAAUUUUUCAACUUCGUCUUGUUGCCUGGUUAAAUUUUGUUUGUCUUUAAAGAUACACUGCCACAUUUUUUGUAAAAUUGUCUCACGAUUCAUAUGACAACAUUAAGAGUGAGAACGUCCACUCCUUUGCCACCUGAAAAUGUUUAGUUUUGUGAUUCCUACGUAUGAAUGAAAAAAAAAUUAUUUGUAAGCAAUAGAAAACACUUUUAGUUAUGCCCUCGCUCAAUGGUUGGCAACUUAAAUAUCGUAGGACUAUGUACGUGCAUCUGAAUACCCACUGGAAUGGCAAGGAAGAGAAUAGUUGACUAAGGGUGCCAACUGACACGUAACUAUGAACAUUGUGUACCUUCAGUAUAUUGCAUAAAAUUGUAUUUUAACAAACUUCAUGUAUUGUAUGGCAGUGAUUGUAAACAUAAACAUACAUAAAGGAAACUUUUUAUUGUAAGUGUUGGAAUAAUUUGGUUUUAAAACAUUUUUCCCCCAUUUAUUGAAUGUUAGAAAGCAAACAUUAUAAGCAGGAAAUUACACUAUUUAUGAACGUUAUAUGCAGGAAAUAAAUACAUUGUCCUUAUGGGGGAAAUAUUGGGACUUUAAAAAUAUGACAUUAUAAGCAGGAAAACAUUAUAUGCAGGAACAUUAUAACAGGGUUCUACUGUACUUAUUUUGUUCUCAUUGCUAUCACUAAGUAAGUUAAAGUUAACGUCAUGGUUUGCAUCACAACAGUUAAUGCUAAAAAGAGGUUUAGUAUGGCUGAACCCCUUAGAUUAUAUUGGGCACCGGGCACAGUGCCCUUGACAUGAGGGGGAGGUGUGGAAACUGAAAGAAGUCACUUUUGUUUUAACAGUUUUCAUGCCAUAACAAUUUCUUGGCAUAUAAUAUGCAUCUGUUAAGCAGAGAUCACACAUUAAAAUAUUUUCAAAAAUCAUAAAAUAGUGUCCAUUGACAGUAUUAUUACAGUUAGUCAUCCCCAAAAAAUUAAAUCAGUACUAAACAUCAUGGCAGGGGCGGCCCCAGGACAGACGGCAGUCGUCCUGUACCCACACCUGACAGGCCCCCACGCCAGCCGUUUUAUUACUGACGCAUCUGUAAAGUAAAAUGCUUGUCAUUAAUUUGUAUAACCAUAUUCAUUAUAUUACUUAAACAUUCUUUAUUUGGAUUUUAAUAAAGUUAAAUUCAUUUUUGUGCUUUUAAGAUAUAAAUAAAUUAGCAAAACUAUCGUCUAAAUUUAAGUUCCAGGUUGGUUUAAAAAUUUCGGCUAAACGAUUUUAUUUUUUUUAAUUUUCCAGGGACCCCUUUUUUCUCUGGAGAGCUAUUCUAACUCCCAAAGGUCCCCUUACCCCCCUCGGUACACCCACUCUUCAAAAUAUUAGUCCCCCCCCCCCCACUAAAGUAAAUGGCCCAGGGUCCCUCAUAGUCUAGGGCCCUCACUGCACCAUUCACUUCACACGGUUAACUAUUUAGGCAGUCAGUCACUUGACUACAAGCCUUCCACUAAAACUAUGUUUUAACGAAGCCAAAUUUUGAAAUUUAAAGUUGAAACCAGGCCCCGAUUUACAAAUAGGUCAACCAGGCAUUUGCCCAGAGCGCCGGUUGUUGAGAGGCGGGAGAAUUUGAGGUGCAAAAAAAUAGGACAAAAAAUUUUGAGGGACGGGGAAAAUACAAGGUUUUUAACGUACUGUAAUGACUUUAUUUUCAAAAAUACAUGUUAGUUUAUGCUAACUAUUGCAGUGUGCGAAAAAAUAUUAGGCCUUAUACCAAAUACUUUAGAAAUAGAUUUAAAACUCGUUUAGCAAUAUACAGAAUAUUAUAACUCAUGUUUUAUUGUAGUGGUUGUAACAGCUGUAUAAAACUGCAACAAAUAAGAAAAAAGGACACAGUCUGUGUCUUUGUAAAACCUUCGUAUUUCAUUGCAUAAUGUUCUGUUGUAAAACUGAUGAUAAAUAAGUUUAAAUUUUUAAUUUUUUUUUUUUUUUUUGAUUAUCUGCCCAGAGCAUUAGCUGCUUGGGAUCGGGGCCUAGUUGAAACUAAGAUGGUCUCUUUCGGUUUCUAACUCUUCCCCUUAAUUAAGAGUCACCCCAGCAGUUGAUGCCAAAUCAUUGCCACUUGUCUUAGCCGUGCGAGUGUGGCGGCCUAGCACUCAUUGCCACUUUGGCUUCCUUAUAAUUUGUUCUGAUUGUGAAUUCAACUCUCGAUUGGUAAAUGCUUAAACUCUGUCAAACUUUGUAUUCGUCCAGUUGCGGAAUAGGUUUCGCUGGUGCCAUAGCCAAAGGGUCGAGAUUUCACUACCAUGUUUGAUACGUGGCCCCAUCAAAAAUGCCACACUUUUAUAUUUUAAUGCCGAUAAUCAUUGUGACUUGAGUAUUUAGUUCCUGGGGGGGAUUUUUUUUUUUUCCCCUUUGUUGUACUUUCAUUGUUUUUAUGCCUGUAUUGUCACAGUGAUGGCACAUUUCAGUGUUUUCGUUGUUGUUCAAGCGGUUACACAUGUUAUUCAUAUAAUAAAAACUAAUACGUAUCACUUCACAGUGAACCAAUCCAGCCAACUUUGUGCAUUAUUGAUAGUAAUUUAUUAUUUAAUAAUGUGGUUUAAAAAAGUUGUACAUAAAGUGUUGUGCAGUGUUACUGUUUAAUUACAACCCUUCAGUUAUUGAAAGCUGAGACUUUUUAUAGGUAAUUUUGUGACUCUUUUGGGAAACACAUUUCACAAACACCUACAUUAGUGAACAUUGUACACAAUAAAAUUGAAAAUCAAUCUUAAACAGUCCUACCAUUUAUUUUUUUAUCUCCUAGCCCCUAGGAUAUUGAUUAUCUGUCACCUUCCUCAAUGAUGAUGAUAUUAAGGGGGAAGCAUUUGUGAUGGAUAGGAAAAGUGAUAUGUUUUUCAUUGGUGGGAUAUGUGGCGUAUGUUUCCGUAUUAUGGAUAGGGGUGUUUCCUCAUGCUGCUCCAGUUUCCCCCACCAAUGCUGCUCCAUCUCUCACCUAACUCUGACGACCUCAAUGUUCAUACUAUCACUUUAACACAAUUCAUUCAUUCUUUGCAUGUGUUUUGUUAAAGUGUUCUUGUAUGUUGAUGCUCUUGCCCUUAUUGUUUUUUGCACACUGCAUUCCAAUUUACCUGUAUUUGUGAUGUGAAAAUGCACUUUUAACUAACAUACGUAUAGUUUUGUGGUACUCAACACUGAAAUAAUGAAAACAAUUUAAUGCUCCAGUUAAACGUUUUUGAUAAUUUUUUAUUACCUUAUUUAUCCAACAGUCAAUGUACUGUUUUUAUGCUGCAGUUAGUGGAUUUUUUAAAAUAGCCUUAAAAUUAAAUUAUUAUUUGUAACAUAAGUACAAAGUUUUACAUAGUUUGAUAUGCAUAUUCAUUCAAUUGAACUAAUGACAAUUCAUUUAUUACGUAAUUCAUUUUCAAUUUUUGUCUUGUGUCUCAUAUUCUACAAAAUCAAAAAUUUUAUUUAUAAAGUGGAUGAUUUUGAAUUUGUUUGUAAUUUAAAUCUGUUUGUAAUAAGAGUGUUAGUAGUAUGUUAGUGUUUUAAAAAUAUGUAAUUUUUAAAUUAGAAAAAUUUUGUGUGUGUUGGUUUCUCCUUUAGGUCCAUUAUAUUGUCAUAGGUGAUGUAACUUGUUAUUUAUAUCCCACUUUGUUUUAUUGUAGUAUACUGUAAAAUAAAUUGUUACAUAAGAAAAACUUAUAGUUAAACAAUUUUCAUUCAAUUUGUUAAACUAACCUAAAUUUUUUCUGCAAGCUAAGUUUGGAAAAAGCAGUGUCAUCUUGAGUAAUCAACAGGAGUCAGAAUUUUAAUAUUUCAUAUUAUGAUUUUUUUAGGCAUAGCUAAUAUUCUUUGUAAUAUUAAUAAAACAUACUUCAUGGUCAGAAAUAAAGCUAUAUCAAAAACACAAUCUCAAAAUGGCAUAAAAAAAAAUUUUACCCCCAAGUGUUCAUUGUCGUUCAUCAAACAAGGCUAGAUAUUUGAAAAUCAAACCAAAACACAUUGAACCAUAAGAUUAAAUAGAAAAUACAAAUGAGCGAGCGUAAAGGAAGAAUAUACAACAGAUAGGGCUGCCCAGGGUAAGUUAUCUUAUUCAUACAACAAACCUUUAACUCUGGUGUAGCAGUCAAGACCUGGCUGGUCCCGUUGACCGUUGGACUGCUGUCUGCUUUUUCUCCUUCGCUAAGGAGAAGUGCUGUGGAAACACAACCUUAGUACUGUCUAGUGGAUGUCUUGCGAGUGUUUAGUAACUAGUGGAGCUGGCUAGAUAGCAGUGAUUUAAAGUUUUGAGCCAUUUCACAACAACCUUUUCCCAGCAUGUUUUACGAACUGUGGAGUCAUCGGGCCUUGACAAAUAACUUCUGUGAUUGCCUGCGCUACCCUUUUAGGGUGAUGAUGACUGACAGGAUGGUUGUAAAUAAAUUUUUUUACACGUUCCUUUCCAAUAUUAAAUGUUAAAGAAAAAAUAUACUGUAGAGGAAGCUCUUUAACUGAUCCUCAAUAGUAAUUUUGAUAGCGAAACCAGUGAAGUUGAAUCGCCAUCAGGAUCUGAAGAAACUUCUGCUGCACAGUCUACUGCAGAGACACUGACUUCUUUUGUCAGUCAUUCUACUCCAGCAGAAACAUCUUCACAUCCACAUUGGGCACUUCUUCUGCAACAGCUGAUCAUUCUUCUUCAGUAAUAGAUGAAUCCUCUUCUAGUGAGGAAGAUGAGGAAGAAACCCAACUGCUGAUGAAAAGAAAAAUUGUUUGGCAGCCAGCAAAUCUGACUCAAAAAAAACACAAGUUCGAUGAUGUUCAUUCGGGAGUAAAGAGUGAAACAGAUGCAGCAGGUUUGAAUGAGCUUGAAUUUUUUCACCUAUUAUGUAUUUAGCCAUUAU